GCAGGACUUCGUACCUCAAAAUAGCCUCUCUAGGGAGACCCACUAAGGUUAAAGGCUGUUGUUUAGAUUUUUUCCUUUCUUUUUGUACUGCGUAAUGGAGAGAGAAAUCAUAGAUUUUGUGAGUUUUGUCACUCAGUUUUAAAGCAAGUUGAGGUUUUUCAAGGUGAGUCAAUGUAGAAGUGAAGUUCAGACACAGAACCAGAUAAAAGUUCUGAUUUGACACCAUAUCAAACUCUUUUCUGAUGGGAUACAGUAUCGAACUGAUGUUCUGAUUGGACACAGACAGAGUACUGGACUGACAUGCAGAAGUGUAUCUUAUCAGGAGGCAUCCACUCCUGAGGACAUCCUAGCAGCUCUUUAUGCUGUUGUUUAUCAGACACUGAGGAUGGUGUUCUGUGAAUGCAUGGAACCAGGACAGGGACUAAAGUGUUAGACUUUCAUUCCUGUCCCUGAUGUUUUCAACUGUCUGAACAUGGUUUUACCUGCCUGCUUACUCGGUUGAGCUUGGGAAUACACCGGCACUCUUUUGUCAUGCUGAGGAUUUUUUUUGUUACUGAAAAGUACUGGUAAAAGGCCAAGGUUAAUAGCCGUCCUGCAACUUUUUGAUAUGACGCACAAGUAUCCUUGUAUCACCAGGAGGAAUUCGCUCUUUAACUAUGGCUCGACAAGGAGACGGCACUCUUGCAUUGGUUUCGAUGUGGAAAAUGGCUUGUCGAUCGGGCGCAGUCCACUGGACCCCACAGUCAGUCCGAGCUCCGGUCUGGUCCUGCAGGCAAACAGCCAGCGGCGCGAGUCUUUCCUCUACCGCUCAGACUCGGAUUUCGACCUCUCACCCAAGAGCAUGUCCAGAAACAACUCCUCCACUACUGAGCUUUAUGGGGAGGAUAUGAUUGUAACGCCAUUUGCUCAGGUUCUUGCCAGUCUACGUACAGUUCGGGGUAAUGUUGCAGCUUUAACCCACGUGCAAGACAGAAGCAACCGGAGACCAUCAGGAACUAACCCUCAAUCUGUCUGCAAGACAAGCUUAUCGGAUGACCCUAACACGUAUCAGAAACUUGCCAUUGAGACUCUUGAAGAGCUGGAUUGGUGUUUGGAUCAGCUGGAGACCCUGCAAACACGUCACUCUGUCAGUGAAAUGGCCUCUAAUAAGUUUAAACGAAUGCUCAAUAGGGAGCUCACUCAGCUAUCUGAGACCAGUCGGUCAGGAAACCAGGUGUCGGAGUUUAUAGCAAACACAAUUUUACAAAAAGAGCACGAUGUGGAGAUAAUGUCAGCAGCGUGCAAGGAGGAGAAAAAACGACGUCCGAUGUCUCAGAUAAGUGGAGUGAGAAAACUGAGCCCCAGUCCCAGCCUCCCCCCAACACACAUCCCACGAUUUGGUGUCAACACCCAGCACGAGAGCCUCCUGGCCAAGGAGCUUGAGUACAUUGAUCGAUGGGGUAUGGAUUUGUUUAAGGUAGCAGAUUUUUCUGGGAAUCGGCCACUGACAGUCGUAAUGUUUACAAUUUUUCAGGAGCGAGAUUUGCUCAAAUCCUUCAAAAUCCCACCAGACACCUUCUUAACUUUCCUGAUGACUUUGGAAGAUCAUUACCAUAUGGACGUGGCCUAUCAUAACAAUAUCCAUGCAGCAGAUGUUGUGCAAUCAACACAUGUUCUUUUGUCCACACCAGCCCUAGAGGAUGUGUUCACAGAUCUUGAGAUCCUGGCUGCUCUGUUUGCCAGUGCUAUUCAUGAUGUUGACCAUCCAGGAGUAUCCAACCAGUUCCUCAUAAACACAAACUCUGAGCUGGCUCUAAUGUAUAACGAUGCUUCAGUGUUGGAGAAUCAUCAUCUGGCGGUGGGCUUCAAGCUUCUACAGGAGGAGAACUGUGACAUCUUCUGCAAUCUUAGCAAGAAACAACGUCAGUCCCUACGGCAGAUGACUAUAGAUAUGGUAUUAGCCACUGAUAUGUCCAAACACAUGAAUUUACUGGCUGACCUGAAGACAAUGGUGGAAACCAAAAAAGUGACCAGUCUUGGAGUCUUACUGCUAGACAACUACUCAGACCGAAUACAGGUGCUCCAGAACAUGGUGCACUGCGCAGACCUUAGCAACCCCACCAAACCCCUGGAGCUCUACCGACAAUGGACAGAUCGCAUCAUGGUGGAGCUCUACAGUCAAGGUGACCGGGAACGUGACAAGGUCAUAGAAAUCAGCCCCAUGUGUGACAAACACACAGCUUCUGUUGAAAAAACUCAGGUGGGAUUCAUUGAUUACAUUGUUCACCCUCUGUGGGAGACAUGGGCUGAUCUGGUCCAUCCAGAUGCUCAGGACAUUCUAGAUACAUUAGAGGAUAAUCGUGAAUGGUACCAGAGCAUGAUUCCACGUAGUCCGUCCCCAACGCCUGAGGAGCAGGACCAACGGAUGAUGGUGGGCGCUGGAGGCUCAGCAGGAGAGAAGUUCCAGUUUGAGUUGACUCUUGAGGAAGAGGAUGGAGAGUUAGAAGCUGAAGAGGAGCACAGCGGGACAUCAAAGACGAUAGCCGACAUCAAGCAUCCAUCCAUGUCCCCGAGCCUCACGCUUGGAAUAUCUCCCAUUUUAGAUAGCAGUGAAAGAGAUCUGGACCAGGAAAUGAACAACAUAUCCAUCCUGCAGUUAGAAAUUUAACAUGACCCUGUUCUAACAGUGCUGAUUCUGUUAUGUUUCAUUGGCCCUGUCCCAAAUGGAGCACUUGAUGUGGACUUGCAGUUUCGUGGCCUUUGCUCAAGCACCUCUGUGAAGACCACGAGACAGUAAGGUGUUUGCGGUCAUUAUGGAUCUUGGAUGUACCUUUUUGCCCAGCCUGCACUUGUGUGGACUCCACAUCAGACAUUUGGGAUAGGGCCUUAGUCGCACUCAGGAGCUGGAUGGGUUUGAGGUUAAGUUGUUGGAAAGUAUUUGUGUAGUACAGUGCAUAAAAAGUGCAUCCACUACCAAAACUGGAGCAUCCUGUAAAACCUUUUACUUUUGCUUGUUCUUUUUUAAAUCAUUGGAAGUUUAUAUGACCAAAUAAGCCUGUAUUUUAAAGCUACACUAUAUUUGUGUCCCAGACACAGACUUUAGCAAAAGACUGAGGAGAAAUGUGUAGAUUCAUUUUUUGAGAGUCACGUGGAGAAACAGAGUCUUCCUUUAAGCAACUGUCCAUGCCAAUUGCAGAGGAAAGCUGAUGUACUCAUAAUGCGAAUGUUAUGGAACUUUUUCACCAGACUCUACAAUAUUUAUUACCUUGAAACUUUUUAUUUUUUGGAUAACUUCAUGCUUUCACCUUUUUUUUUUUUUGUCACUGAAACAACCUAUAUGAAUGAAACGGGACAGUCACAUAUUUAAUGUAACAAAUAUUUAAUGGAUUUAACGAUAAAAUUGUGACGUUAACAACCUCAGGAUAAGAAUGAUUUCAAUGUAAAUGUAGCAAGACUCCAAAUGGCUGUCAUUAAACAUUAUCUGUAAAUAGCUGUUUUGGACAUAUAAAACAAAGUAGAGAAGAAACCCUUUAAAAAGUAUUUAACUGUCAAACUUUUAGACUACCGUAUGGAGAAUCCCUUUACAUAUGUCUUUGUACUGAAUUGCCUUUAUACCUCAACACAUUAGCACUAUGUAGACAUAUGAAUUAUAUCAAUAUAAACAGGGUUGAUUUAUCCUCAGUACUGAUUUAUGAAUACUGAAAAUGUUAUGCUAUUUGUUUUUUUGCAAUCUAAAUUCCCCUACACUUCAACUCAUUAUUGAAUCAGUGUUUUAAUGCUGAUUCUCUCUGAUGUUUCCAUGUUACAGACUAUAAAAUUAGAGGUUGCAGCUACAAAAAAAAAAAAAAAAAAAGAUCUUUUAUUAAAAUGAAUGAUUUUCAUUUCAAAAUCAAAAAUGUAUCGCUUUAACUGCCUUCUAGGACAGAGUUUUUUCUUUUUUCAGUGAGCUCAUCGCUGUGCAUUACAGAAUUGCAUUAUCUGUGAUUUGAUGUGUUCGAACUCAUGCAGCUCUGCACAGACCAGUCGGCGCCUGGCUUGAUAUUGCAUGCUGGUUAGAUAUUUGUUAGACUUUUUGUCAGUGCUACUGCUGCGUCACCAUGACGUAUGCUAUCAAAGAACCAUAAGAGCGAUGCUUGGCAAGACUAGCCGCUUGGGUAAGCUGCUGCAGUUACCCCAAAGCAGUGGCACAAACUCUGUUGAUCACACAGCUUAUUCGUAAUUUGACGGAGUUGACAAGCAGUUCAUGUUUAUUCUGAUACCUUCAGUUCUGCUAACUCUCUAAUUAUUUUAUCAUGUAAACCUAAUGUUAUAUAUCCUGUUUAUUAAAAUAAUAAUAAUACAAAUACUGACUCCUUUAUUGGAAUUACAAUGAUAUAGGCUUACUUUUACGCAUUUGGCAGACGCUUUUAUCCAAAGCAACUUACAGAGCCCUUCAGGGACAAUCCCCCCAGAGCAACCUGCAGUUAAGUGCCUUGCUCAAGGACACAAUGGUGGUGGCUGUUGGGAUCAAACCAACAACCUUCUGCUUAACAGUUUAGUGAUUUAGCCCACUACGCCACCAUCACUCCAUGCUGGUAUUAUAUUGGACUUCCUUUUUGUACACACUGGCACUGGUAAUAAAGAAAACAAACAUCAUGCAAUCUGCCAUGACUUAUGUAGCUUCAGCAAACUACGGGAAGCAUAAAGAGUCUCUCGCUUUUCAACUCCUACCCUGAAUGCAACAGGGAAAUUUCACCAAUCAGUAAAGCAAGGAGCAGUUCAAGUUGAACACACCACAUGUGGUGCUGCCUUAGAUCUUCACCAAAAGAAGGUUUCUUAGAAUGCAGCAUAAUGUACACUCAACGCUAAAAAUGCCACAUAACCCUGUAGCUUUGGCCACACAUUCUCAGAGAUCAGUAAUAAAUGCCUGUGUAGAGCAUGCAGCCUUAAACCACAUCCCUUUUGCUUCAGUGCCCUUACAGCAGUGACUGUGAGAGAUGUAUACUCUCAUUUUGUUGAAUGAUGUUAAUUGAAGUGAUCUGUGUACUCUUUUCUGUAAUAAUGUACCCCAGGGUUGUUGAUGUGUUAAUAUAACUGAUAUUGUUAAAACUAUCUGUUCGGUUUGUUUACAGCUCCUGGCCACAUAUGGCUCUGAUUAAGGUGGUUUGUCACAGUGUGUUUGUUUCCUUUUUGUUCUCCAUUGUCAGAGCCAAAUUAUAUUAAAUUCUUAAUUCAGGUUGUUCUGAAU